AUGUCCACGGUGCACCUACCACCGUCGCAGAGAUCAAAUGUCCCAGAUCAGCAAUCGACAGUACAAAAGCUGCUUGACGAAAAUUCUAGGCUGAUAGACAUCAUACGAGAAUAUCAAAACCAGAGUAGAGCGGACGAAGCUGUGAAGCAUCAACAUGUCCUACACAGGAACCUGGUACACCUGGCUAACCUUGCCGAUCCAUAUCUUAUUCAUCAACUCAGAGAUGAUUUAUCGCCACAGGCAGAUCCUGCACAGCCGCUAGGAAACCCUCAUGUUCAACCAGCACCUGUCACAUCUCAGCAACAUAUUCAACAAUCGCAGCAGCCUCCUCAGUCUUCACAAAGCCAUCAUUCGCAAGGACCCAGUCACCAUCAUUCUCAAAUGAUGCCACCACAAGCUGCUCCAAGUCCAAAUGGGCCGCCAGGCGGUCCAAUUCAACCUUCACAUGGGUUCGCACCUCCGCCAUUGAAUGGGUCGCAGGACAUGAUGAAUCACCAUGCUUUUCAAGCUCAGAUGCGAGCCCAGCAGCAACAACAAGGAGGACCACCAGUGCCACAAGGAUAUCCUCCAUUCGGGCAACCUGCUCCACAGAUGGGCGGGCAACGAAUGCCAUACCCUUACCCACACCAAGGUUUGCAUGAACUGUUCGUCAAUCCAAAAUACUAUUUUUUAGGAAUGUCAGGAUAUCAGGUAGGACCACCUCCGCAUGGAUAUGAAGGAUACCCACCGCCUGGAUCUCAACCACCACCACAAGGGUACAUGCGUUGA